AUGCUCCGUCAGGCUAUUCGAGGAGCUAGAUGGUACCAUGCGGCGCGCCACCCGUCGGUUUCCCUGCGCGCCUUCAGCGCUGUAACAGCGCGUCGGCUCGACUUCGGCGGGCCAAACGAUAAGGUCAACUUCUACGAACAAGAUGGCCCCGGCCAGAAGCGACGACCGGUCGACCCCGAAGCCGAAGAACUGGAGGAGCGAGAGGAGGUACAAAAUGAGCUCACAAAGAUUCAGGAAGAGCUCAAGAUUCUAGAGAAAGGACCAUUCGACCCCGACAGUCCGUUCAUCCAGAGCUUGCCGGAGGAGGACCGAAAGAUUGCGCUUGAGGCUCUUCGAAAAUAUGACGAGCAACGGGAUCCAACAGAGCCACAACCUUCCCUGGACGAUGUCUUCGACGAGGAGCUGGAUGAAAUGCUGAAGGAGGAGUUCGAGGGUAUGGCACUUGAUCAAGAAAAUUGGCAGGACAGCGCCAGAGAACAACGCAGGGUAGCUGCACGAAAGGCAGCGGAAGCUAGGAAACUAGCCGGUUCUGACUCUCAUCCAUACGCCGAGCGUUUCAGAAAAGCUCUUCGCCAAUAUACGAUGAAUUCCUCAGAUGAUCGUGCUUGCCAGGAGCUGUGGAAAGCAUAUCGCCGAUGCAAAAAGGCCAUCCCGGGAUUCCUGGACGCUCUACCGCCAACAGCCAUUACAUCAGUAUGGGAAUCUCAAGUUACAUCUCAAUUGACUAAUGCUGUACGCUCAACACAUCUGCAAACUCUUGUCCAUGAUUCGACAUCCUCGGGGAGAUCGCUUGCGAAACCACAGAUUUUGUCAUAUAUCCAAGCCCUGCAUACAAGCGGCGAGACCAACCAAGCGUUGGAGCAGUGGGAGGCAUAUCAAUCAGAACUUUCGCAAGAAAAGGAUGAUCUCGAGGAAUACUGGAUGCUCGGUGUUCGUCUCUUUGCCGCCGGGAAGAACCCUCAACGAGCUCAGGAUAUCGCCUUGGCAUUCCUUUCGAAUGAUCAGUCUCGACAGCCCAGAGUUCUUAUCCCCGUUAUCACCGCAUGGGGCCUCACCCCAGGAAAGGAAGCUGAGGUGAAGGCGUGGGCGUUAUACUUGCAGCUGAAAACAUUCUUGGGUCCCGAUAUGACGAUGGACGACUAUGAUCAGAUCAGUAUUGGACUCCUUACGGCUGGCCGAUUGGACACCGCAGUUGCUAUAUUCAAGGAUAUGAUGGUGACAGGGAAAGAUCCUGCCAAAGAUUCCACAGCUGUGUACCAAGCAGCCCUUGGUCUUGCUGGUAGCCUUCAUGCGUCGAGCAUCAACGAGCAGGCCGUGAACAAGGUUUCUCUAUCGGCACUUACGAUGUUGCCUCGUCAAUUUCAGAAUCGGUUUUUCUAUGCCAGUUGGAUGAAAAAGCUGAUUGGAAUGGGCCAGGUUGAUUCAGCUGCACUGGUGAUUGAGCUGAUGUACGAGCGAGGCGUGCGACCAGAUACCAAGCAUCUUAACGGUCUAGUCUCGGGCUGGCUCCAUGAGGGCAACCCGCAAGCUCGAGACAAAGCAGAGCGACUGGCAUGGUCAAUGAUCCAACACCGCAUCGAUGCCGUAUGGAAGCGGUACCAGCCAGUUGAACUGACCCCCAAGCUCCAAGUCCAGCACCAGUCGGUGGAACCCAGCCGAAUUCCCAUUUUCAUGAAGCGUGAGGUGCCACCGGCCAGCAUCGAGACAUUCUCCAUCCUCCUCCUCCACUACACGCGCCGAGGUGACGACGACAUGGUCAAGUACCUAGUCAAGUGCCUUGGCGAUGCUCACAUCCAACCAAACUCAUACUUCAUGAACCACCUUCUCUAUGCCGAACUACGCAAGCAAGACAUCCGUUCUCUCUGGACCAAAUUCCAAAAGAUGUCCGCGUCCGUCCGCCCCGAUCUGGAGACAUACGCAUGUCUCUGGGACUGCGCAAAGCUACAGUUUGACCGCGGCCGCACCUCAUUCGAUGCAGGAUUCCCAUCGGCCCGCCAAUUGUUCGCAAACAUGAUGCAGUGGUACUCACAACUCACGCCACGAGCCCGCAACAUCACCAACACCGAGUUCUCCAAAGAUCUCUACGAUCAAAUUGUGCGUUGUUUCUGUCUAUCGAAGGACAUCCCAGGCACCCUUGUGGCAAUCCAUUCGAUGCGAACAACCUUUGGAUUUACCCCAGACGACGUCACUGCUCGUUUGAUUGUUCUUCAGGUUGCGCGCCUGGCCGGCGUACCCGCCGACACCCCGAAGCAUCGCCUCCGCCGGUUAUCAUCAACUCCGCGCAGCAAAGAGAAGAUCGGACAGGUCCACCGACUCUUGAAAUUGCUUGGUGAACGAAAAUCCAUGGCUCUCCAGGCACAGGGCUUGAGUAUCGAGCAGCUUGAUCCGCACGAGACACAGCAGUAUCAGCUCGAGAUUAUGGCCCAGUUACUCCGCAUUGUGUUGAGCCGAACACACGGUCUGGAGCCUGUGCAGGUUGAGAAGAAAUUGGCUCAAGCUGCAGUGGAGAUGGAGCUGCAGGAUAUUCACCUUGGCUCGCCAUUGGGGGUCGAUGAUAGCCAACUGCUGUAA